AUGCCUGGCAAGCGUCUCGUAAAGAACGGGGCGCGGGGGCCGCAGCAGGUGCACAUGAACAAAGUAAAGUUUGACCCUUACCGCUAUAAGUUGGAAGACCAGCGGCUGCCGGCUGCCGUGGUCACCACCAUGACAAGUUUGUGCUGUCGCCGCUGCUGUGACAUCCUUCAGUGGAAAGUGGACUACGGCAAGUACAUUUUGCUGGAGCGGCACCGCAAGUGCAACAGUUGCCAGGAGAAGACAGUGGUGCUAGCGUACCACCGCAUCUGCCAAAAGUGCGCGGCAGCGACGGUCUGCUGCGCGAAGUGCCAGAGGCACCCAGCACUCGCGGGCAACGGCCAUGAUGACGAAUGCAGGGAGAAGCAGGAAAGAACGGAUGGCAACAACGACGAGGAAGAGGAAGAAGAACAAGUGAUGGAUGAAGAGGGGGAAGAGAUUGACGGGGCCGAGCGUGCAGGGAAGGAUUUAGUGCCGAGUAAGUAUGCCUUUGUAGACGAGGAGGACUCAGACGAGGAGCUAAAGCCCCUGCGUGGUCUGGACAUCCGCCAGCUGAAGCAGCGGAAGGUGGCGGCGCUAAAGCAACAGGAACGUGAGCGCAUUGGUCGAAUGCGGGAGCGCGAGCGACGAUCAGUCCUGCGGCGUUCUACACGGGUGCCGACGCGCGAAGGGGACUCAGAUGACAGUGACGAGGAAAUAUGA